AAUAAAACCAAUAUGGCCGACGAAGUUGAUUUGGAAAAAUUUAUUAUCAAAAAGGUAAAUUGUUUCUGAUACAGCUGAUUACUAUUAUUAUUAUUAUUAUUAUUAUUAUUAUUAUUCCAUUUCAUGGCCUGUGACAUUCACUUAAAUGCAUAUUUUUUUCAGGCUCCACCGAAAGCGUUCUACAUUCCCGAUUUCAUUUCAGUCGAAGAAGAAAGUUAUCUCCUAGAUCACGUAUGUAAGCUCAAUCUCUGAGGUCAUUUGUUUGCGUUUGUUUGUUUGUUUAGAUUGUUUGCUUUUUGUUUUUGCUUUUUUUAAUUGACUGAAUUGGGGAACCAUUCAUAGUUAGACGUAAUCAGGCCUAUGAUUCACUAGAAAUGAUAAUAAAAAUGCAGGGUUUGAGCUAGGAUUUGACUACUUUGGGUCAAUUUUUGAGGCACAUUUUUCAUUUCAGAGGGUCGUUAAACCAUAGAGAAAAUUUCAAAGUGAACUGUAAUUUUAGACAUUUAAUGAAAUAGUGAUAGCAACAAGUUACAACCAGCAGCUGAUCAUGACCACUAAAUAUAAGAAAGUGACUAUUUAUGCAAAAGAGCAAGACCAACAAAUUUGUUAUGCCAUUAUCAAUUUAUACUAUUUGCUCUUGUUGCAACAUUUCAUUGCAGAUCACCAAGUAGUAACUGUUAACAAUUCAGUUUUGAUCAUUAUAUAUUUAGUUGCUGACAUGCUUCAAGCAAAAAUUCCAGUGGAAACUUUGAUAAUUUGGCCGCAAUUUUCCACAUUUUGCAGGCUUUGUUUUGAACAAUUUGUGCUCUGCUUGUUAUGAACAAUUCACUGUGCUGAAAAUUUUCUAAUUUUUUCAGGUCUUUUUCUAAACGCUGGAGGGGACAAAAUGACCCCUCAGUCAUUUUCACACCCAUCUUCGGAAACCCAGGGGCAGAUAGUGGGGGCGAGGGAAAGUCUAAACGGCAGAAAAAUAUGGCACGAAGAAAAGUAAAGAACAGCAAGAAGAGCCACUGGGGACAAUGUCUUACCAGACCAGUUCCAAAUGGUCGCUGCCAUUCUGCCUUCUGAUUGGGCGGAAAAAGACAAAAGUUUUCUGGCACCAAUCAGAAGUCAGAACGGCGGCGACCGUUUGGAACUGGUCUGGUAAGACAUUGUCCCCAGGGCUCUUCUCGCCGUUUCCCUCGUCCCCACCAUCUGCCCCUAGGUCUCCGAGGAUGUUUCGAACCCUGAAAAUGUAUUUAAAUAAGCUUGAUUAUCAAUUAUUGAAUGAAUAUAACAGCCUCGGCAGAUAACACCCUCUGAGAUCUCCAUAAUUCUUCAGAUGAUAUGAAAGCCAAAUUCAAUAAUUCUUUUAUUAUUCAUUCAAAAUAAUCCCUAGGUUAAAAACAAGCUAAAACAUCCUUGCCUCCAUUGAUGUUAUAAAGUUCAUCUUCAGUAGUGCAUGGUUAUCGGCAAGUUGAUAGCUCAGUCAAUGGCAAGCAUGUCCAUGAUCUUUUUUGCAAUAAUUGUUAUUACUGGUGAUUGGUGAUUAUAACUGGUGGCUGAGCAAUUUGCAUAGGGUGCUUCAUGUAUUUUGAUCAGAUUAUUACUGACAUAUCGCAAGAAUAUGGUAUUUGCAGCUUAUUUACUGGAAAACCCAUUUUGGUGUUGUCCCAGGGUGGGGCAUUUGCACCCUAUUUUUAAGCCCCACCGCGGGGUUUUUGUAUGAAUGCCUGGCCCGAGAACGUGUGACAUGAAGAAUCCUCAGCUUUUGUCUAGACUGCAUCUUGCCUGGGAAUUGUUGCCUUUUUAUAUACAAGAUUAAUUAAAAUGUGACAAAAAUUUGUUUUAAAGAUUAUAUCAUUAAAAAAAUUAAUGAUAAAUGGCUAUUAAGUUAUAUAAUACUGUGUGGUAUAAUUUCUAUUUAUGUUGGUAAUAAAUCAGUGUUUAAUAAUUUUUCUCUGUGUCAAAAUUAGGUUUAUGGAGCUCCUAAACCAAAGUGGACAAAACUUUCAGGAAGGCGACUUCAAAAUUGGGGUAAAUUACAAACAAACAGAAAAGUUACUAUACCAAUGAACAUAUCAAAAUACUGUAAACUGACUCUUAUAAUCCGUGGGCUUAUACAUCUUGUAAGUGGUUUUAGGAGGGCUUAUGAACUGAGGGGUUUAUAUUUGGGGGGGGGGGGUGCUUAUAACUGGAAAUUAAAAAAUGGCAUCGAAACAAGCUGUAGACGAGUGGAUUUUGCAUUUACUAUUUUUUGAUAAAGCUGCAUAAUGUCUAGUCUCCCUCGCAGCCAUUUUUUAGAUGUCACAGGAGCAUUGCGUGACAUCCAAAAAACAGCUGCGAGGGAGACUACAUAAUGUCAUAAUAAAAAGCCCCCACCCCACGCCCCGCACCCCCUGCAUUUAAGCCGCCCUCUAGCUUGUAUUAAACUAAAUCAAAAUUCAUUUUAAUACAAGCUAUAGGGGGGUUUAUAUCCGGGGGCUUUUUAUAAUCGAAAGGUUUUUUUGUUUGCUGGUAGGUAGAUAAGCCUAUAACUGGGAGAGCUUAUAGGACAGUGGGGGCUUAUAAGGGGCUGUUUAUGGUAUGUAACUCAGAUCAGUAGUGUUGCUAAUUUUUAGUUGUGUGAAACACUACAAUGUACGAAUUGAGUCUAAUGUCAUUUUUCUUCAAUUUUAUCUUAUUUAGGUGGCUUACCACAUCCCAAGGUAAACAACAUAUAUGUAGAUUUUUAACAUUUUAAAAGAAAGUAUUAAACUAAAAGUAAUUAUUUCCUGAUUGGUAGAAAGGUGAGGGUCAACUUAAAACAACAUAAUUUGUAUUGGAAAGGUAUGCGAAUAUUUUCAGGAACAACACAGUUGUACUAUUAACACAAAAUGACUAUUUCCAUAAAUUAACAAUUAAGUCAUAUAAUUUUAUUCUUUUUCCUCUUAGGGAAUGGUUCUUGAAAAACUUCCACCGGUAAGUAAUAAUAAUUAUGACAUGUUUGUCUAAAUUUCUUAAUAUGAGAUGAUUUGGAUGAUUUACCCCAUUUCAAUCCUAAUAGUAGCCAUUAGGCAAAAACUUCGCCAUAAAUUCAAUUCUUCUUUCGUAAAAUCCUAAAAAAUGAAUAGUAUUAGGCAAAGUUAUGUCAAAGGUGAUUCGUUUAAGAAAUUGUAUCAUAGGAUUUUGUCCACCAAUUAAAAGUUAGUGUGACAAAUCUUUGUACUAUAAUAAUUAAAUAAAUUGGACUAGGAGGAGAAGCAGUGUGCAAAGAAAGUAAUGUCGCAUAGCCCGGGGCUAGUGGAUUUUGCUAAUAUUGGGCUAGUGAAUUCUGUUGUUAACUUGCCUGAAGGGCAAGUGAUGUUUUUUGAGCAAUUCGAAUAACAGAAGAACUAUAAAAUCAAUUCUGCUCGUCAAAAAGUGUCUGGGGCUAGUUGAAAUGACAUCAGGGCUAGUAAAUGCUAGCUUCAGCUUGCCUGAAUGGCAAGCUGUAAAAAUGAUUUUCUUUGCACCCUGAGAAGGGCAAAAAUCAUGACAUAAAAUCUUUUGUUUUUCAGUGGCUACAGAAAUACUCUGCCAAGGUUGGGGCUCUUUCAGUAUUCAGCGAUGUUGCUCCAAAUCAUGUAUUAGUAAAUGAGUAUGAACUGGGUCAAGGAAUAAUGGUGAGAAGAAACACUUCUGUUGAAAAAAGUGUAUAUGUGUGCUUUUUUAAAAUCUUCACCUCCCCAUGGGCAAGGGUUUUAUGGAAUUUACCUGUCAUCUGUGCCGGUUUUUCAUUAACCUGAGUAGCAUGGCGGUUUUUUUUGCACACUACUGAGCGGCAAAGCCUCAAAAGUGCGCGCAAAGUGCGCGCGAACGAGCGGGGGCCACAGUCUUCACACAGUUUCACUGCCCCCAGCUUGCCUUGUUUGCACCUCUAGCCAAAACCGCCAUGCCAAGCAGGCUAGUUUUUCAUCCUAAAUAUUUAUGCACCCCAACACAAAAUAUUACAUUAAAACAACAACAACAAAAAAGAAACCUUAUUGCACUUCAACUGGGUUGACCCUUUGCGAUACUGUUACAGAGGAUUCACUUUGUCAAUCACAACAUUAGUUUUCUUUCAUAGAAACAGUAGCAGAACUUCAUUACAGACGACUCUCUCUUAACGGACACCUCUAUAAGACAGACACCUCUGUAAAACGGACACCUAGAGUUGGUCCCUGCCUUUGUUUAUUCCCUUUAUAAUUUGACUCUUUAUAAGAUGGACAUCUCUCUAAGACGGACACUUACUAGUGCCGGUCCCAAAGGUGUCCGUCUUGAAGAGAGUUGACUGUACAUCUAUCCUGUACAACUGACUCUGGGACUACCGGGUAUGAAAAAAUAAGCACUGCGGUCCUGGUAUAAUUAAAACCAAGAGAAUUGAAUUCUGUCAGUCUAAUAUAGAAAAAUUAUAAUAACGUAGUUUGUACAAUUCUUUGAAUAAGUGCCAUAUUUGAGGCGUGAAAAAUCUAAUAAGCGCCGUGGCGCUUCUUUGAGUAAAUACGGCAAUCCUUCAGAUCCUUUGUUAUUUUCAGCCUCAUACAGAUGGACCAUUAUUUUAUCCAGUGGUUUCCACCAUUAAUCUUGGUUCUCACACCUUUCUGGACUUCUACCAUCCUUUAACCAAGACAGGUCAUGACUCCAAGGUAAGAGUUUCUUUUUUUAUAACUUGGGAAACUCCAACCCAGGACUGGACCAGUACGGUUAAAAAAAUGAAGCAAAAAAACAAAAACAAAACAAAACUCAACAAAAACCCUCAAUAUAUAAAACGGUAAUAAUAGGCAUCCUGUCCGGGGCGUAGCCAGGAUUUUUCAGAGGUACGAACAAUUCUCCGAAACUUUAGAGUUUUUUCUGCAUAUAUGAAAUGACAUUAGCAACUUGUAAAAUACUUUGUCGCGUGUUGGGGUCCAUUGACUGAUGCAUGUCAAUCAUCUGUCUUACAUGCAAUUUAAGACUACGUACUUUUCUUGGUAAUUUUGUUACUGGGUUCGUUUUGUCGUUUUUGAUUAGAUGCAGUGGGUAAUAACGAAUUGAAAAGGUGUCUCUAUAGAUUUUGAAUCCGAAAUCUAAAGUGAAUCUGAUGUCUUGUAAAUUCGCCAUGUUUUAUAGUGUAAACAGUUUGUCCAACGAAUGCGGAUACUUUUCCGUCUUUGAUCGUACGAGGUUGCAGUAAACCAAAAUGGAACUGUCAAUUUCAUGAAUAAAGGGCGCCUUAGCAACAACGACGGAGAGGGCAACGAAAACGUCCCUAGCUAUCAAAAUGAAUGCACGGGUUUUUUCUUUUUUAACUUUUUCGCGUUUAUUUCAUCUCUCUCCAAAUGGCAAAUGUAGGUGAACUUCCCUAUGAAGUCUUGGGGACCNGAUCCUUUGUUAUUUUCAGCCUCAUACAGAUGGACCAUUAUUUUAUCCAGUGGUUUCCACCAUUAAUCUUGGUUCUCACACCUUUCUGGACUUCUACCAUCCUUUAACCAAGACAGGUCAUGACUCCAAGGUAAGAGUUUCUUUUUUUAUAACUUGGGAAACUCCAACCCAGGACUGGACCAGUACGGUUAAAAAA